UCGAUAAACCUACACGAGGAACGUGACAUCGACUAGGAACUAACGUAAAUUGUGUAUACCUAUAUGGACUAAUAAACGUGAAAACGACGAGGUAAUAAUGGUACUUGUAUGUACAUACACGAAACCAGCAACUCGUAACCAACCAGACAUUAACAGAAAUUGCAUUCGGAAACAAACCAGCAGAAGUGACCCAGACUAGAUGAUACCGAAUUUUGCCGGAAUUUGUAUAUCUUUACUAGAUCUAUUUAGUAAAUGUGUGAGUAAAUGUGUCACUAAUAAAUUUUCUAUACAGAUUGGUGGUUUUCUUUUCGUUAGAUGCCGGGAGUUUUUGGCAGAGAAUGGUUCUAUGGAUAAGCAGGGACGAAUGGAGCUUUCUUACAUUCGGAUCAUAUAUGUGUGGUGGUAUGAUAAACGCCCAUAAAAAUGACAAGCACCUGUUCGUAUGUGAAGCUCCAAUGAUUGGUCGUUACGUUACACUACAAACAAAUGUACAUUCUGAUCCGGAUAUUGUGCCGUAUGAAUACUUGAACCUUCAGAUCAAUGAACUUAUCGUUUAUGGGAAAGCAACAAAAUGUGGGCGUCUCCUUGGAUUGAUGACUGACGAAGUAACAUUGGCACAAAUAACAACGUCAAGUUUCAUUGAUGGUUUUCAUAGUAACCAAUCAAGACUAAAUGAAAAUGGACCAGGAUGGUGUCCGAAAGUAGAGGAUAAAAAACCUUUCAUAAAGAUGGGAGUUUCCGGCCUCGAGGGUAACUGUUUAGGCGGUAACGAAGCUCCUGCCUAUAACCAGUGA